UUAUCAAAAUCAAGUCCCUGGAUUGGAGUAGCCGCCUUGACUGUGGGAUCGGCAACCCUUGGAUGGUGCUGGAUUGUUCGCCUUAGGCGAACGCAACAACGUUCGCAGAUGAACGACAUCGCAAUUGUAUCUGCCUACGAAGCUUUAAUUGGGAACACGCCGUUAGUGAAGCUCUCCACGUUAUCAAGGCUAGUGGGACGAUCAGUGUACGUCAAAAUGGAGAGUUUGAAUCCGGGUGGCACUGGAAAAGACCGGGCUGCCUUGGCUAUGAGACGAUCCAAAACGGGUGGAUUGGUGGUGGAAGGAACCUCCGGAUCUACCGGAAUUGCCUUGGCUAGCUUAUGCCAGCGCCGAGGCCACGCCUGUGUCGUGGUCCUACCAGACGACCAAGCGUCUGAAAAGCAAAGGAUUCUGGAAGCUCUUGGUGCGGAAACGUACGUUGUGUCCAACGCAGCCAUUGCCAAUCCCAAUCACUACGUAAAUGUCGCAAGACGGCUGGCUGUCCGCGCCAACGAGUUGGGCACGGUUCGCGCAGUCUUUAUCGAUCAGUUUGAGAACGUGUCCAAUUUUGAUACGCAUUAUGAACAAACUGGACCCGAAUUGUGGAGGCAAUGCAAAAAUUUGGACGCGUUCGUCAUGUCGUCCGGUACGGGAGGGACGAUUGCCGGAAUCGGUCGAUUUUUAAAGGAAAAACACGUUUCAGUCAAAGUUGUCUUGGUCGAUCCACCGGGUAGCGCAUUGUACCACAAGAUCCAACAUGGUGUGGCCUUCGCAAACCAGCAACGUGAGCGUGAAUUGAAGCGCCAUAGGUACGAUACACUCGCUGAAGGAAUCGGUCUUGACCGAGUGACAAACAACCUGGCCUUGGGAGUUGACUUCAUCGAUUCGGCCAUCCGCGUCAUGGAUCAAGAGGCAGUUGAUAUGGCUCACUGGCUACUUGCAAACGAAGGGCUGUGGGUCGGGUCAAGCUCGGCUAUGAACGUGGUAGGAGCCGUACGGGUAGCGUUGCAGCUACCAUCAAAGUCAACUAUCGUCACGAUCAUUUGCGACGCUGGUCAACGGCACGUGACGCGUUUUUGGAAUCGAGACUUUAUCCUUUCUAGGGGUCUGGAAUGGCCUGGUGAUUGCGAACGUAUACCGGGAUGCAUUCAAAACAUAGAAGGUUCAGCAGCUCUCUAG